UGCUGGCCACAUUUAACUUCCUCUGGCUCUUUUGCACAGACAAAUGCAGCUACAGAGAAAGAGGCAGAAACAAGAACCUUCCCUGCAAGUUUCAUUUACCUUUGACCUUUCAUUACAGCUGAAGAUUGUUUUUGUGCCUCAGCAUGCAAAGAGGACAAACAGGUUUCACACAGGCAGUGAUCUCUCUUUGGCUUUUGAUUUCUGGCAUUCGGUCGCAGGCAGCAGACAACAUGGAGGGUAAUGCAGCUGCUUCUGAGAGACCCAUCCGUCAGUCCCACUCUCUGUGUGCUGGUGAAGAGGAGUAUGUUCACAAGAGGAAACAAAUCGUUCUGCAGUCACUCAGCACUCUGGAAAUCAACUGUACUGCUGACUCAGUUCCCCACAUCGCUUUGUUGGCAUCAGGCGGGGGUCAGAGAGCGGCUGUGGGUCUGGUGGGUUCCCUCUAUCAAAUGGAGAAGGAAGGUCUGCUGGACACUGUGCUCUACCUGGGAGGAGUUUCAGGGUCUACAUGGUCCAUGGCCUCCUUGUACAGUGACCCAGAGUUUAGCACCAACAUGGAUGCAGCCAUGUCCAGGCUGUUAGAUCCUUCAAGCGUUGACCUGGAGCAAGCUCUGGUUUGGUUGGGUGAGAGAGCAAAAGAGGAGCACUUCUCUCUCAGUGAUAUCUGGGGUGUUUUAACUUCUGCUGGGAUUAUGAAACAGAUGGACCUACGGCAUCUUUCAGAUGAGGCCAGCAGGAAUGCCACUAACCCCUACCCCGUCUACAAUGCCAUUGAAAAGAACUGCCACUUACAAGGGCCUAUAAAAGAUAAAUGGUUUGAGGUAAGCCCCCACGAGGCCGGAUUCACAGAUUUGGGUCUCUUUAUCGAAACAUCUCUCCUGGGCAGCAAAUUCCAGAAUGGAGAACUGCUGGAGAAAAAACAAGAAAUGGACAUGGUCAAGUUACAGGGUAUUUUAGGCUGCGCGUUAGCUGAUGAGGAGGCUAUGAAAGACUUCAUCCCUUUCAGGCUGAAUGUGCCUGGGUAUGUGGACGGUGCUGCUAAGGAGUACCUGAGACUAUGGAAUAUCCUUGAUAAACUGAUAACUCUGACCAGACCGACUGUUAAAGAUACCGUUGCUUUGACCUACCUGGAUGAGCUGAAGGAAAUACUAGAAGACAGGGUAAAUCAGAGCAACUCUGAGUUGUUGGAGUCAGCCAGAACGGAGGAAAGAAAAAUUCUUUUAAACCAGUGGAGUCAGGAGAUGCUGGCAGCAGUUGAUACCUGGAGCCAAAGUUUGGAGGAUGGAGCUUUCAAAACACAUGUUUCUUUCCUUAUGAGGCAAGUAAUUCCGCUGAUGGUGAAAUGGAAGUGGGGAACAACUGGAAACUUCCUUUACCAAUACCAAAAUUCCUCUGUUCCAGAUUGCCUCUACUCUGAAGAAAGACUCCAGCUGAUGGAUGCUGGACUGUUGAUCAACGUACCAUACCCUUCAUUUCUAGGAGACAAGAGAGACAUCGACCUCAUCAUAGCCCCAGAGUACAGUGCUGGAAACAUGUUUGAGACUCUGACUCUUGCGCGAGACUAUGCAGCUGAGGUGAAGAAGCCUUUCCCUGAGAUAAACGACACAAUCCUGGAGGACAGAGACUGGCCGAAGGACUGCUACGUGUUCGAGGGGAACGAGAAGGAGCCCACCAUCAUCUACAUGCCACUCUUCAACAGACAGAACUGCAAAGGUGCAGAAGAGUUCAAAGCAAAGAUGGAGGAGUUCUCCACCUUCCAGCGCCCCUUCAGCCAGGAGAAAAUUGAGUUUGUGUUGGAGACGGCAAAAGCAAAUGUGAAGAACAACAAGGAAACUCUGCUGAGGGAGAUAAACAAGGCUGCUCUCCGCCGACAGAACAAGCGGCAGGAAUGGCUCUGAGUGUGAGGGGGUGUCGAGUGAGGCAGAGAGAAAUAUAAAAGAAAUAGAUAGAAUCUCGCAUCCCUGUCAAUGUAGGUCAUUAGUCUCACAUCUUUUUUCAGCAUGUCACCUAUGAGCUCACUGUACGUCUCUGCAGAAAAGGCUGAUGAGGAACAAAGGCUAAAAGUAAGAUGUGGAUGGCAAAUGAUGUCCUCUGUUUCACUCUCCUUUAUCGGCAGUCUGCUGAACCACAGCUCGCUUUCUCGUGCUGGCGGUGUGCUAAAAUCUUUGCUCUAUGAUUCUGUGUCAGCUGAUGUCAGCGAUUAGAAAACAAUGUCUUCAGUUUUGCUGUGAGCUCACUGUGAGAUACUGAGGCUGCAGCAAAACCACGAGUAAAUAAUCAUGUACUGUAAUGAUUGUCACGUGUCUUAUUUCUGACCGGUGUGCACGCUACACAGCAGAGUCGACAGCACACACGUAACAUGUACAACAGCUUGUGUUACACAAGUAUGAAUCACAUCCACAACUACAACCUGUGAAAUGAACAGUGCUAAUAAAGCAGCACAGGUGCAGUCAGUCAGUAAACUAACUGGCUGUUCAGUAAAAUGUUCAUAAAUCAGGCAACAACAUCAUAACAGCAUAAGCUUAAAAUAAAAAUGUGAACCUUUGUUUCAGCUCAUAGCUGCUAAUCGCUCUGCUAGAUAAAGAAUGGGAGUGAAAUGUUGUGUUGGUGAUCGCACUGCUUUAUUAUUCUUAUUCUUAUUCUUUGUUAAUGUGCAAAUAAACUUCUCA